AUGGCAACAGCACAGGUCGCUGAGAACAUCAUCACGCUGAAGGGCUCGACUGAGAUCGUAACCGAGUUCUUUUCUUGCAGCAUCAACACCAUUUUGUACCAGCGUGGUAUUUACCCCGCCGAGAGUUUCAAGCAGAUCCAGAAGUAUGGCUUGAACAUGCUCGUUACGGACGACGACAAGCUCAGUGACUUUUUCACAAAGUUUCUCCAUCAGUUAUCAAACUGGUUGUUGAAGGGAGAAGUGCAAAAGCUUGUGCUGGUCAUCACUGGAAUAGAGACUCAGGAAGUGCUGGAGCGGUGGGUUUUUGAAGUUCACGCGGACAACGGCACUGGAGAAAGUGAUAGUACGCCUGCUUCGAAGCCCAAGAAGGAGAUCAUGGCUGAGAUUCAAGCUAUCAUUCGGCAGAUCACAGCCAGCGUUUCGUUCUUGCCUAUUUUGGAGGAACGGUGUGCUUUUGACCUGCUUGUGUACACGGACAAGAACUCUGAAGUGCCCGCGCUGUGGGAGGAGUCAGAUCCUCGUUACAUCAAGGACUCGGCCGAAGUUCGACUGCGUUCGUUCUCAACAAAGGUCCACAAGGUCGAUGCGAUGGUAGCGUAUAAGAACCCUGAAGCCGACAUCUAG